AGCACUGAGAUGUGAAGCGUCAUCAGUGAACCAAGAUGGCUGCUUUCAUUUCUCCUAGCUCGACGGGUAUGGAUUGGAGACUAAAACAUGCCGAGGACGUUUGUGCCAAAGGGGGAGAGGCAAACAGAUAGAACAGCUUUGAAGGAGGCUUUUCAGUACCGUGUGGAAACAGGAUGCAGUAUCAGGGAAGCUUGCAAGAAGUUUGGAGUGAAAGUGAUGACCUUACAGGAUGCAGUCAGUAGAUCCAGAAAGUUAUCUGAUGGUAAGACCUUUGUCCCUCUCCAUGGCAGUCCCCACAAGGUCUUCACAGAGGGGGAGGAGACAAAGCUUUGUGAGUAUGCUAUCAAGAUUGCAAAGAUGUUUCACGGCCUCCCAGUCAAGGAGCUCCGUAAGCUGGCUUACGAGUAUGCACUUGCCUGUAAGUCACCAUGUAUCCCGUCAGCCUGGGAGAGGGAACAGUCUGCCACCAGGGACUGGUACUAUGCAUUUAUGGCUCGCCACCCACAGCUGACUCUGAAGGCUUCGGAAGGAAUGUCCAUUGCCAGGGCUGUAAGCUUCAAUAAGCACAGUGUGGGCAUGUUUUUUUAUGCUUAUAUUGAGGCUAUGGAAAAAUACAGAUUUAGUCCUGACAGGAUAUUCAAUCUUGAUGAGAGCAGUCUAAAUACUGUAAUGAAACCUUUAAAGGUUGUCUGUAAGAAAGGCAAGCCAGUAGCAUCGCAGAUUUCUCGUGAAAGAGGAAAAUCAAUGACUUUCGUAGGAAUUAUAAGUGCUGGAGGUAGUUUCCUUCCUCCAGUAUUCAUAAUUCCAAGAAAGCGCUGGGAUGACUCCUUUAUGAGAGGGACACUUGCAGGAUCUAAAGGUGUCCUCAAUCACAAUGGCUGGAUGAAUGGGGAAUGUUUCUUUCAAACACUAGAGCAUAUUCAAGAGAAGACAUUCUGCAGCCCAGAGAACAAGAUCCUUUUAAUUAUGGACAAUGCAGAAUGCCAUAUGAACAUCAAAGUCAUUGAAUAUGCAAUGAACAAUGGCAUAGUGAUUGUGACUCUGCCACCCCAUACCACUGAUAAAUUACAGCCAUUGGAUGUUGCUGUCUUUGGGCCCUUUAAGUUGCAUAUGCGAGGACUAUUGAAUGACUAUUCCCUCAUGCAUCCUCAGACCCACAUUACAGAGCACAUUCUCCCAGAUUUUGCCUCCAAAGCAUGGAUUAGAGCCUGCACUCCCUCAAAUGUGAUGAGUGGAUUUUCAGCUACUGGCAUCUGGCCAGUAAAUAGAAACAUAUUUCCUGAUGAGGUCUACAUGAGAGCAGCUGUCAGUGACCAGCCAGAACCACCACAGGACAACGAUAGGGAAGACCACACUGCUACAACCAGCCCUACCAGCCACCAGCCAAGCAAUGCACUGAGGAGCCUGUCAUUUCACGCGGGCCUGUCACCAGAAGACAUUCGUCCCUAUCCUAAGGCUGCAGCACGACCUCGAGGGAAAGGAAGGAAGAGGGUCCAUGCAUGCAUCCUCACAGAUGAGGAAGCCAUCGAGAAGCUCCGAGAGAAGGGCAAAAAGAAAAGUGUGGCAAAGAAAAAGAAAAGUAGCAAGACCACAAAGAAAAGGCCUCAAGAGCUAUCCAGCAGUGAAGAUGAGGACAACCCUGAGGUGGUUUUGGAUGACUCGUCUGAAUAUUCUGAUGAAGCGGAUGGUGAAACAGAAGACCAGCCCUAUCCAUUUGUGCAGAAGGAGGCAGAAAUAGGGGACUUAUUUUGGUGGAGCUGGAACUAG